AUGACAGAGCGAGCAUGGCGCUAUAUCCCAGGAAUGGUGCAGAAAAGGCUUCCUAUCCUGGGAUGGCUUCCUCACUACUCCUUGAAGUGGUUGCAGCUGGACAGCUUCGCUGGGUUUACUGUGGGACUGACUGUUGUGCCCCAGGCUCUGGCCUAUGCUGAAGUGGCUGGGCUACCUGUUCAGUAUGGCCUCUACUCCUCCUUUAUGGGAUGUUUCGUGUAUUUUUUCCUGGGCACUUCUCGGGAUGUGACCUUGGGCCCCACAGCUAUCAUGUCCUUGCUGGUUUCCUUUUAUGCCUUACACCAGCCUGCCUAUGCCGUGCUCCUCACUUUCCUCUCUGGCUGUAUCCAGUUAGCCAUGGGAAUCCUGCACUUGGGUUUCCUGUUGGACUUCAUUUCCUACCCUGUUAUUAAAGGCUUUACAUCUGCUGCUUCAAUCACCAUUGGGUUUGGCCAGAUUAAGAACCUCCUGGGUCUUCAUGACAUCCCUCAGGAGUUUUUCCUUCAAGUAUAUUACACCUUCCUCAGAGUUGGACAGACCAGGUUAGGAGAUACUGUCUUAGGGCUGGUCUGCAUGGUGCUCCUACUGCUGCUGAAGGCGAUGCGGGACCAGGUACCACCCCUUCACCAGCAGAUGCCACCUUGUAUCCAACUCAGCCACAUCAUAGUCUGGUCCAUCGCCACAGGCCUCACCAAUUUACUGGGUUCUUUCGUUUCCUCCUAUCCUGUCACAGGCAGUUUUGGACGGACAGCAGUGAAUGCCCAAACAGGGGUAUGUACUCCAGCAGGAGGACUGGUGACAGGAUUACUAGUAAUGUUAUCUCUUGCCUACUUGACUCCACUUUUCUACUAUAUUCCAAAGGCUGCUCUGGCAGCUGUCAUCAUCACAGCAGUUGCCCCCCUGUUUGAUGUCAAAAUCUUAUGGACAGUCUGGCGUGUGAAAAGGUUGGAUUUGGUGCCGAUGUGUGUAACUUUCUUGUUUUGUUUUUGGGAAGUGCAGUAUGGCAUCUUGGCUGGGACCUUGGUGUCUGGAAUGCUCCUACUUUACCAUGUGGCCAGACCCCAAAUUCAGCAAAUAUCAGAAGGCCCAGUGCUUGUCCUGCGGCCCAUUAGUGGCCUGCACUUUCCAGCAGUUGAAGCUCUACAGAAGACUGUAUAUAAUCAGGCUCUCUCAGCAUCACCCCCACGUAGUACCAUUCUGGACUGUACCCAUAUCUGUAAUGUUGAUUAUACAGUGAUGACAGGACUUAGGGAAUUGCUAGCAGAGUUUCAAAAUCAUGGAGCCUCCUUGGUUUUUGCCAAGUUACAGGCACCUGUUCUUUUUGAACUACUAUCUGCUGAACUAAAAGGAUUCCAACAUUUCUCUACCCUUGAAGAAGCAGAAAAAUACUUGAGUGAAGAAUGAAGUUUCUAAGCCUAAUGCCAGUGAAGAUCAUCACAAUCCAAAAUUGUCAUGCUCACACCAACCAACUGACUUUCUUCUAUGGCAAGAGAUGAUGACAAGGCUUCCUAUUCAGUCACAUAUGCCAUGGAUCCUGUACCUGUGAACUUUUUUUGUGGUGCAUUUUUUGGAUCAGUGUACUCAAGGAAAACCCCAGUAGGUGACAUUAUGAAGAAAUGAUGGGAGACAAGCCUAUUCUUAAAAUAGACUCAGCUCUUUAUGGGACAACAGUUAGGGCAUCUGGCUAAUAUGAGUGAUAAUAUCUACCAUUCCCAAGGAAUUCCUCUUCUAAUUGAAAAUAGUUUCUAUUCCUCUUUUCAUCUCUUUGCCCCACCCCUUCUACCACUUGUCCAUAUUUUGAUUUGUCUACUCCAACCAGAAAGAGAACUUCCUAUCAACUUACUAGCAAUACAGAGGAAGGGUACCUGGAAAGAAGAGCUUUGCUCUCAGAGUUGAGUCAUAUAAA